GGUCUGACCAGGCUGUAGGAAGUACUGAGCAUAUGUUGCUUCUAGUCCUAUUUAAACACUGAGUGUGAGUUAAUGUUGAGAGAUGACAGUGGGUGCUGUUCACUAUAACCUGAGGUAUAAGAGGAUCUGCUGCUAUUACAUUGGCCUGGCUUUUCCAUCGCUGUACUGUACAACUUACUGAAGGCAUCCACAUCAUGAUUAGAGUUUGCUCCUUUGCAUGAGCUUUAUGUUCAUUUGAGUUCCAUCACAUUGCUACACAACUGACUAGAAGGCUGGUGUAUGUGAAUAGUUAUUGCAUCAGCUAUGGCAGACUCUGUAUUCCUUGAGAAACAGAUUACCUAUGUGGGUGACUUUACGUGGAACAGCAUGUCUGGCCGUAGUGUUCGACUGAAGGCAGUUCCCAUUCAAAGCCUCUCAGAGUUGGAGAGAGUACGACUUCAGGAUGUGGCAUUUUAUCGGUUGCAACAAGACUAUGAACUUGCUUGCCAAGUUACAAUUCCAAAAGAUGGGCAAAAACGGAAGAAAUCUUUAAGACGGAAAUUGGAUUCACUAGGUAAAGAAAAAAGCAAGGACAAAGAGUUUGUGCCACAAGCAUUUGCUAUGCCACUGUCCCAGGUGAUUGCCAAUGAUCGAGCUCAGAAACAAAAGCAGGACGCUUUAAAAGAAGAGCAGAAAGAGAAUUCAGAUCUGGUGAUGUCUAUCUUGCCAUUUGGGAAUAAAAGGCAGAACAAAGAACUCUCAAGCAGUAACUCAUCUCUCAGCUCAACCUCAGAAACUACAAAUGAUCCAACGUCACCUAAUACCCCGGAGGCAGCUCCACGUGUGAGAAGACGGGGAGGAAUGUCCGUGGAUUCCAUCACUGACCUGGAUGAUGAUCAGUCUCGAUUACUGGAAGCUUUGCAGCUUUCUCUCCCAGCGGAAGUGCCGAACAAGAAGGAAAAGCAAAGGGACAAAAAACUAAGCCUAAAUCCUAUUUAUCGUCAGGUUCCUAGGCUAGUGGACAGCUGCUGUCAGCAUCUAGAAAAAUAUGGUCUUCAAACAGUAGGAAUAUUUCGAGUUGGAAGCUCAAAGAAAAGAGUACGACAGUUGCGAGAGGAGUUUGAUCGUGGUGCAGAUGUUGUUCUUGAUGAGGAGCACAGUGUUCAUGACGUGGGAGCCUUAUUGAAGGAAUUUCUGAGGGAUAUACCAGAUCCUCUGCUCACCAGAGAGCUCUACACACCCUUCAUCAGUGUAUUGUUGCUGGAACAGGAUGAACAACUCAGCACUUUGCAACUUCUCAUUUAUCUGCUUCCUUCGUGCAACUGCGACACACUACACAGACUCAUGGAAUUCCUUGCUAAGGUAGCAAGUCAUGCUGAUGAUACACUUGAUAAAGAUGGGCAAGAGGUGACUGGGAACAAAAUGACAUCACUUAACCUUGCCACGAUUUUUGGCCCAAAUCUCCUUCACAAGCAGAAGAGCUCCGACAAAGAGUUCAGCGUGCAAAGCUCAGCCCGUGCAGAGGAAAGUGCUGCUGUUAUCAAUGUUGUUCAGAAGAUCAUCGAAAACUAUGAGACACUAUUCAUGGUUCCCCCAGAAUUACAAAAUGAGGUGUUGAUGAGUUUGCUAGAGACUGAUCCAGAUGUUGUUGACUACUUGCUGCGUAGGAAAGCUUCGCAGUCAUCGAGCCCAGAUCUGACACGAUCAGAAGUCUCUUACUCGUUGGGAGGACGGCACUCAUCUACUGACUCCAACAAGGUCUCCAGUGGAGAAGUUUCACCCUAUGACAAUAACUCUCCUGUACUGUCAGAAAAGCUACUGGUGCAAAGGCCAGGUGAUAUCAGCCCUGGUUCUGAAAAACUCUUUAAGGUUCCUGAACAGUAUGCCUUAGUCGGACACUUAAAAUCCAAAUCUCGGGAUAGUUCUCCAGUUUCGUGGCCUGGAAAAGGUUCAUAUGGAGACAUUUACGAAAGCAGCACCUUACCACAGAGACAGUGUUCUCUUUCCCAGGGGAACCUGAUAGCAGACUGUCCAGUAGCUCAGACCUCUUCCACGCUGUCUCUGGACAGUGGGAAGCAGCCAGUGCGAAGAACUCGUACAUCUGCAGGACUCCCUAAAUGCAGGACUCAUAUUCCUGUAAGCCGUGUUUGCAGUAGUCCUCAUGCGGCAGGAAACAAGAGGCAUGUGCAGCUAAGCCUGGAAUCUUUGUGUUCCAGACGAGAGCAACAAUUCACAGAAAGUGCAGAGGAAGUUCCUCAGAAAACUUCAGAACCUUCUUUCUUACACAAGAAACUAUGGCCAUCCUAUUUUAAACAUGGAGACAUCAACAGAAAUGACACUCGGCCCCUUCCUCCAUACCCUGGCCUUUUAAAUACAAGUUCUCCAUUUUCCAGCAAAUCUGGCAUAGGACCAGAACAAACAUUGUUGCAACAUCAGAAGACUCAGCAAUGUGUGGCCACGUCCCAGGUAGUUGAACUAAAAUCAUCGUCUCCUGAGCAGUUGACAAUGAAGCCUAAACAGCCAACAAUGAAUUCUGAGCAGCCAACAAUGAAAUCUGAGCAGCCAACAAUGAAGUCUGAGCAGCAGGCAUCCAUGCCAUGUCACGAUGGGAAUAGAAAUUGGUCAACUCAAACAGACAGUCAGAAAAACAAAAACAUUUUGGCAGAACCCGACUGGGUGGAAUGGCAGAGAGAACGAUGGCAAAUCUGGGAGCUCCUUUCUGCAGACAAUGCCGAUUCAUUACCAGAAACUCUUGUAUGAUAUCACAGACUGCUUAAAAGUAGGCGCUUUGAUUAGAUGUCAUUCAAUUCUUUUUGUUCUUAUAGAUAAAAGAAAAGAAUGGAAAUUCUGCAACACACCACCUAAAAUUUGUGUGUGAUUUUUAAUAAAUAUUUUAACUUCCUUUCACUUUCAGGAAACCACACAAUCUUAAACUUUCCUGUACAAAGCCAAUCGGUUUGUCAGCAUCUAUAGAGUAAGCUUAGGAUAAACACUUUUGCUUCUAAUGAAUGUUGCUGUAUGUAUAAGCUAUAUGAACAUAUAUUAAUACAGUGUCAGUGCUGUGGUGUCAUUUCCAUUGAUUUGUAUUUAUAUGUAUGCAUUUGAAUAACUGUAUAUUCUGUAAUAGAUUAUGUUUAACGAUAUAUUAGGUGUCCACAUUCAGAAAACAAUUUGGACUGUUCAUAUGUUAUUGCACUUAUUUUUAUGCCAUGGUGACCAGUGACAUCAGUGGCUUUAGUUGUUGUACUGGCUGGUUUCCCUGUUGUGUAGUUUUAAAGAAUCUUUGUAUGCUAGACAUACCUUCUUGCCACUGACUAACUGAAUUAACCACUGCAGUACUACAGUACUGUCAACUUCCAUUGUAAGAUACCAUCACCUUUUUCAGUUGCAUUUGCUAGUUUAAACUUUCAGCUGGAACACCCAGGAACAGUAACCUAGUUACUGCCAGUUACUGUUCUUGUCGCUAUGUUACUCACAUGUAUUGUCAACGAGUUAAUUUUCUUUUCCUUCCCCCUGCCCAACAACAGUCUGAAGUUGGAUUUGUGCAGCAUCAGAGGCAGCAUCAGGAUCAUUGCACGGUAAUAGCCAAUUAGUGUCAGAUUGGUGAUGUUGUGUGAGGAAGUCAAUCAUCAAGCCAAAGCAUGAGGAAAUACAGAAGAUUUCUUGUCAUGUAGUAUCUGGGACGUCCUCCCGACGUGAAAGGCGCUCUAUAAAUGCAAUCUUCUUGUUGUUGUUGCAGUACCAUAUAGCUCACAUUCUGACGAAGAUAGAAUGGUUACAUAUUUUGAUGUAUUGAAUUGGGAAACCUGCAAACAGUGUGCUUUGACCAUUGCUGUGAGAGAUAGCUUGGUUUCCAAAACAAUUGUGCCAAAGUCAUGUGUCACUAGAUUAAAAAUCCAGCAAUUUGUAUGUUUUAUUUUUAAAAAAAGAAACAUGUUUGUUUUAUAAUGUGACGUUUAACAAGUUCUAAGGCUGGGGCCAGCAACUGACCACAGUUAUUUCCACAUGUAAAUUGUAAUGGCAGUCAAAUACAACUACAAAUACAUGUUAUGUAAAGGAGUUUGGGACCUAGCACAGCACAGGUCUUAAACUAGUCAACAUGACUGUUCUUGUGAUGUCAUCUAAAGUCUUACAUGUGCCAUAUAGAAUUNAAAAAAAGUGCAGAAGCA